AAAAAAUAUAAUUCAUUUAUUUUAGGUGAGAUGAAUAAUUUUAAUUUGUUACAGUCGGCACAUUAACUCUUUACUGAAGCCAGCUAAGAAAACAACAAAAAACAACCAGGUUUUAUAUCAACAGCGAAACUAUUUCUAAUUAACUUUACAUUUAGUGAUUUAGCGAUUGUUACUUUUAAUUAAAACGAAUUAGUAUAAUAAUUUCUAAGUGCGCGCAGCAAUGGCCAGAAGGACACAAGUGCACUCUGUCGGUAUAAGCGAUAAUACCGAAGAGCUCGAAAGUCCGGAAACUAUAGAAUCCGCUUCGCUAGCUAUACAAGAUGUCGCUUCAAAAGCCGCACAAAAAGAUUUAUGGGAACGCCCUGCCUCCACAACGCCACCUAAUUUGCCGAACGACGGAUCUACUCUAUUACGCUUUGAAAUCCAACUAGCUCGUAUAAUGCCUCCUGAUGGUGAGGAUCUUAAUGUGAAACGAUAUGUGGUCUAUGAAUUGUCUGUGCGUCAAGACUCUUCCAUUAUCGAUCCACAACCUGCAAGCAUACAACGUCGCUAUACGGACUUUCGAAAUCUCUACAAUAGUCUUAAAAAGGAGUUUCCAACUAAGAUGUCUUCAUUGUAUUUUCCCAAUAAGGUCCUUGUUGGAAAUUUUUCGGCUGAUUUAAUAGCAGAACGUAGUGCUGCCUUUGAGACAUUCCUCAGUCAUGUCGUCAGUUGCAGUACAUUACGCGACACGCCUGCGUUUUUACACUUUCUUCAAGAUCACGAACUAGCCAAGGCAUGUCAACUCUUGGACGAGCGUCGCAACGAAAUGGCUAUUCCAUUGCUAGAAAAUUGUUUUCGGUUACUAAAUAAAAUUUUCAUGGAUCGUUCCCGGGCUGUCCUAUUAAUUUUGUGUCGUCUUGUUGCUGCCUGCACCAUGUCACCGGUGCCGCAUCAUUCGGCCGAACGCUGGGCAACGUUGGCGCUGAGCCGUUACGAUACAUUGUGUGACAUUGAUCUCCUACAAUUAUAUAUUCCAUUACUACACACAUGCACACAUCUUUGGUGGCAGCGGGGUUUGGAUCAAAAGCCGCUAACUGAUCGUCUCGAGGAAAUGUCUAAAAAGGGCAUUAAUAUAAAAAAUUGUCCUACACUUAUCCAGGCCAUUCACAAGCUGGAUCCGCGCACUGAAACUAUAUAAAUAAUAUAUGCAUUCAUACAUUCAUAUAUAAAAUAUUGAAAAAUAGUGCACAUGCAUACAUAUUAGGGUGGUCAAAAAAUGCAUGUGAAAAAGUAGUCGAAAUUUUAAUGCCGCCACCCCUAGGAUUGUUCUAUACCAAAAAAGAUAUACCCCUAUCUUUUUAUUUUGAAAUCAAAAGAAAUUUAGGGAGUAUGGGAGAAAAAACCACUCUUCGUAGAAAUGGUAUAGAAUUCUUGCAAAUCAAUAUUUUUCGGACGGAAAACUUUGUUUCUCUUCAGGAGAUUCCCAGUAAUAAU